CAAAGGAGCCCAGGCACAGACAGAAGCCAAGAUGAAGUUGUGUGAAACGUUUCUUGAAAAUGAGUUCCGAGGGGAGCUGCUAAGCCAAAGGUGGACUCGCGGGGAGAAGAUCAGCAGCUGCGAGACACAAAGAAUAAACAGUCCAAGGUCCAAGAUGAAUGUAGACAAUGUUAACAAAGGAACUCACACAAGAUCUAAAGCAAGCCGAGUGAUCCCAUCAGACCUGAUUGAGCAGGAAGUGAGUUUAGAAAGUUGCCCCUUGUCCCGGAAGCGCAAAUUGCAAGAAUCUGAGCAGGAAAAUCCCCUCUCCAAGAGAAAAUCCCACCCCCUGAAACUGGCAUUAGAUGAAGGAUUCAAUGUGGACAGCGAUGGUAGUGAAGAGACAGAAAUGAAAGAGCAGGAUUCUGGGACAGAGGAAUCAGAGGCAACCCUUGAAGAGAUUGAAGAGGAUUCUGAACCAACAAAACCCAAGGAAGCUCCCAGCCCCCAGACUGCAGAAGCUGAAAGCUCUGAUAAAGUGGAACCUGAGGAAACUGAGACUAAAACUGAAAGCAGCCCCCCAGCAAAGGCCACUUACAGUAGUUAUCACGAAAUCAUAGCCAACUCUCUUCUCAACCUGGGCCAGGUUGCCAAGGAAGCCCUGGUGUCAGAAGGACACUUGAAAGAAAGUGAGCUAAACAAUGAAAAGCCAACUUCAGUAAAGUCGGGUCAAGCGGAAAUAGAACAACUUAUGGUAGAAGAGGCGUGUGAGAAAGAAAUCAUCAUCCAGACUGAAGAUGCAGAAGAAGUUAUUGAAGUCACCAGUGAACCAAUCAGUGAGUCUGGCACUGAACCCAGAGAUGAAGUCAACUGCGAGGACACUGAAAAACUGCAAAAAGAUAUGAUUGAUGAAGAGGAAGAAGAAGAAGAUGAUGAUGUUGAUGAAGAAGAUGAUGAUGACCUGGAAGAAGAUGAAGAAGAAGAAGAGGAACACUCUUCAGAGAUGGCCAACCAAGAUCUCCCCCAUGCUUCUCAGGAUUCCCCUAAACCUCACUGUGAAGGACAUUUUAGUCCUAAACCUGAAUAUUCUGUGAUUGUGGAGGUCAGAUCAGAUGAUGAUAAAGAUGAUGACAGUCAUUCACAGAAGUCAGCUGUAACGGACGAGUCUGAGAUGUACGACAUGAUGACUCGAGGAAACUUGGGACUUUUAGAGCAAGCCAUUGCUCUGAAAGCCGAACAAGUCAAAGUUGUUCGGGAGCCUAGCAGGUCCUCCUUGGACAACAUGAAGAACUUUUCAGCAGAUGAAAAACAGAACAGACCAAUAGACACCAUGAGGAAGAGCUUCUAUGAUGCAGGAAGACCAGAGAAGAGAGACAUAAAAUGCCCCACGCCUGGUUGUGAUGGAACAGGACAUGUCACAGGAUUAUACCCACAUCACAGGAGUCUUUCUGGAUGCCCCCAUAAGGACAGGAUUCCCCCAGAGAUCUUGGCCAUGCACGAGAAUGUGCUGAAGUGUCCAACCCCCGGAUGUACAGGGCAAGGCCAUGUAAACAGCAACCGUAACACACAUAGGAGUUUAUCUGGGUGCCCCAUUGCUGCAGCAGAAAAGUUGACAAGAUCACAUGAGAAACAACAGCAGCCUGGAGACCUCUCCAAAAGCAGCUCAAAUUCAGACAGAAUACUCAGGCCCAUGUGCUUUGUGAAGCAACUGGAAAUUCCUCAAUAUGGCAGCUAUAGACCCAACAUGGCUCCUGCAACCCCCAGGGCCAAUCUGGCCAAGGAACUGGAGAAGUACUCCAAGGUCACCUUCGAUUAUGCAAGUUUUGAUGCUCAGGUUUUUGGCAAACGUUUGCUUGCCCCAAAGAUUCCAUCAAGCGAAACCUCACCCAAAGCCUUUAAAUCCAAACCUUUUCCAAAGGCCUCUUCCCCCUGUCACAGCCCGUCCAGCAGCUAUAUUAAAAGCACUUCCUCUUCCUCCUCCUCUGGCUUCGACUAUACCCAUGAUGCUGAGGCAGCACACAUGGCUGCGACUGCCAUCUUGAAUCUGUCAACUCGCUGCUGGGAGAUGCCAGAGAAUCUCAGUACCAAACAGCAGGACACUCCCAGCAAAUCCAGUGAAAUCGAAGUGGAUGAAAAUGGCACUUUGGACUUGAGCAUGAACAAGCAUCGGAAACGGGAGAGCACCUUCCCCAGCAGCAGCAGUUGCAGCAGUAGCCCCAGCAUGAAAUCCCCUGACCAAUCUCAAAGGCAGAACUGCACCAGUGCUACAAGCAGCAACAUGACCUCUCCCCAUUCUAGCCAGACCUCUCGUCAAGAUGAUUGGGAUGGUCCCAUAGACUACACAAAGCCAAACCGGCAGCGGGAAGAGGAGCCAGAAGAGAUGGAGCCUGCGGCAGCAUCUUUUGCCUCCUCGGAGGUGGAUGAGCAGGAGAUGCAGGAGAUGCAGGAGAUGCAAGAGAUGCAAGAGGAGAGUUACGAAGAUCGCAAAUACCCCGGAGAUGUGACGUUAACAAAUUUUAAAUUGAAAUUCCUCUCCAAGGACAGCAAGAAGGAACUUCUGAGCUGCCCAACCCCGGGAUGUGAUGGAAGUGGACACAUCACUGGAAACUAUGCCUCUCACCGCAGCCUUUCUGGUUGCCCUCUUGCUGACAAGAGUCUCAGAAAUCUCAUGGCUGCCCACUCUGCUGAUCUCAAGUGCCCAACUCCAGGUUGCGAUGGCUCAGGACACAUCACAGGGAAUUAUGCAUCUCAUCGAAGCUUAUCAGGUUGCCCACGUGCCAAGAAAAGUGGACUGAAAAUAACACCUACUAAGGACGACAAGGAUGAUCCAGAUCUCAUGAAGUGCCCGGUGCCAGGCUGUGAUGGUCUUGGUCAUAUUAGCGGUAAAUAUGCUUCCCAUCGCAGUGCAUCUGGAUGCCCACUUGCAGCCCGUAGACAGAAAGAAGGUGCUCUAAAUGGAUCUGCUUUCUCAUGGAAAUCACUAAAGACAGAAGGACCCAGUUGCCCAACCCCAGGGUGUGAUGGAUCAGGCCAUGCCAAUGGAAGCUUCCUUACUCACAGAAGUUUGUCUGGCUGCCCUCGAGCUUCUUUUGCUGGAAAGAAGGGGAAGAUCUCAGGAGAUGAACUUCUUGGCACAAACUUCAAGACCAGUGAUGUCUUAGAAAAUGAUGAAGAAAUCAAACAACUGAACAAGGAGAUAAAUGAGCUCAAUGAAUCCAACUCAGAGAUGGAAGCUGAUAUGGUGAACCUGCAGUCUCAGAUAACAACAAUGGAGAAGAAUCUAAAGAACAUUGAAGAAGAGAACAAAGUUAUAGAGGAGCAGAAUGAAGCCUUGUUUGUGGAACUCUCUGGGCUCAGUCAGGCCUUGAUCCGAAGUCUUACCAACAUCCGCCUUCCACAAAUGGAGCCAAUCAGUGAACAGAAUUUUGAUGCCUAUGUAAAUACCCUGACUGACAUGUACACAAACCAGGAGUGUUAUCAGAACCCAGAAAACAAAGCCUUGCUGGAGAGUAUCAAACAAGCAGUCAAAGGGAUCAAGGUGUGAACUGAAGGAUAGCAUAGUAAUCAGGUCUGGAAGCCACCAGUGUGCAAAAUUGAAAGGACCAAAACAUGAAUUAAUAAAGAGAAAAAAAAGAGACU